UCGAUCCGCCAGGGCUGGCAGACCUACUACGCCAACACCGAGUAUAUAAUUCUGGUGAUUGACAGCACCGAUAGGGAGCGGAUAUCCAUCAGCAAAGAGGAACUGUGGAAGAUGUUAGCGCACGACGACCUCCGGAGGGCCGGUGUCCUCAUCUACGCCAACAAACAGGACGUCAAGGGCUGUAUGACUGCCGCACAGAUAUCCAAAGAGUUGAAUCUGACGGCCAUUAAGAAGCAUAAGUGGCAGAUCCAGGCCUGUUGUGCUCUCACCGGCGAGGGGUAUGUAUGGCCGCGCCUGAAGGGCAGCCGUUUUUAG